AUGCAGGCUCCUGUGGCGCUCCUCGGCUCCCCGGCUCUCUUCCGGUGCUGCUCCAGGGCUCUGGCCAGACCAGUUUCCGUGUCUGUUUUCAACAGGCCUGAGGCUCAGACUAUACAGCCUGCUGGCGUGUCCCCCCCGCAGCGGAGCCGCCAGUUUCAGACCAGUGCUGUCUCCAGGGACAUCGACACCGCCGCCAAGUUCAUCGGGGCCGGUGCCGCCACCGUCGGCGUGGCCGGGUCGGGGGCGGGCAUCGGGACGGUCUUUGGCAGCUUGAUCAUUGGCUAUGCCAGGAAUCCAUCUCUCAAGCAGCAGCUCUUCUCCUACGCCAUCCUGGGCUUUGCCCUCUCUGAGGCCAUGGGUCUCUUCUGUUUGAUGGUGGCAUUCCUCAUCCUCUUUGCUAUGUGACAACUUCUGGGCCUGGCUGCAGCUCCCAGCACUCUGUCCUCUGCGGUUCGAGCCUGUGUCCAUCACAGGCUUCCAGACUGACAAUUAAAGAAACAAUUUCUCU